UCGUGUUUCAGCACCGGAUACGAAAGCCAGCCAGCCAGCCAGCCAACCAGCAGCAUGAGCGCGCCUGUUGGAAGUCCCAAUGCAGUCGAGGGAGGGCAGCCGCCAAAGCAGCCGCCGCCACAGCAACAGCAGCCGCCAAUGCAGCAACAGCAGCCGCCGCCACAGCGCGCUGUGCCACAACCCUCCCCCUCACCAAUGGCAUUCUUCCAAGACAAGGCAUUGCUGCGGGAUGGCAGCCCCCACCCCAUGACAGCGUUCCUAGACCAAGUGGGCCGCCACGAUUCCGCCAUUGUGUGCACCGAAAUGAUCGCACGGCGUGACAGCGCCUUGGCAAGCCGCAUGAGCAUGAAUGAGAAGCGCAAGGAACUCAAAGUGGUCUACGACACGUUGGCCAAAAUUGUAUGCGACACGAACACCUUGGCUGUGACAUACGACACCAUCGUGUCUGCCGCGGCUCGGCUCAAACUCAAGACAGACGCGGCGCAGAUGCUGCAGCUCCUGGCCGAUCGCCACGUGCCCAUCCUCGUGGCGACGCUUGGCCCGGCCCUCGUGCUCUCUGCGGCGCUUCGUCAGUGCGUGGAGGGCAGCAUGAACAUGGACGACCACAUCUUCGUCAUGGGCCAAGAAUUUGCACAGUGGGAGCCAGACCUGGUGCCGCGCAAACACCCGCAGGAGCAAUUUGCGGUGGAGGCGGUGGAGGCGUGA